UAUUAGACCACGCCUAUAAUUAAAACCCCGUAAUUUGGGUUAAUUCAACGCUCCGCCCCCUUUUGGGGGAGCAGACCGCACCCCCCCCCCCAAAUAAAUACGGAUUUUAAGAUUUAAAGGAGCCGUGCGUCUGGCCCUUUAAGAGGGGUGGGAAGCACCAGUGCGGUUUUUUUAAAGGGGUCUGGCCCCUUUAAGACGAGUAGGAGCCACACGCGCGGCUCUGGUGGGGGAAUGGGGUCCCUUUAGGAUGUUUUUUAAAGGGGGUCUGGGCCUUUAAGGGGGAUGAAAGAGGGGUCUGGCCCUUUAAGGCUGGUGGGACACACAAUGGCGUCAUUUAAAAGGUCCCUUUAAACCGCUCGGCCCCUUUAAGAGCCCUCAGAAGCCGCUGUUAAAAGGGGCCGAACCAAUCCUAUAACCCGGAAGCGCCUUCGGAGGGACCCACCCAACAUCACCGCUUUAAUUCCGCCCCGAUCACUCAUCAACUUCCGGUAAAACGCGGCGCCACUUCCGGCAAGGCGUAGACAAAAUGGCGGCCACGCCUGAGGGGGUCCCGGGGGUUUACGGGAUCGAGGAGGGAUCGGAGACCCCCGGGACCCCCUCGGGUUCCAUCCCGGAGGUGCCGCGGGUGCGGCGGCAGCGCGGGCGGUUCUUGGUGUGGGCUCCGCGAGCGGCGCGGACGCUGCGGGAGCGGCACCGAGUGUGGGGAGCGCUGGUCGGGACCCCCCCGAGGCGAGGCCGAGCUGGGCCGGGGGCGGCGGGGCCGCGGCUGCCGCUGGAGCUGAGGCCGGAGGAGGCGCGGGCGAUGCGGGAGAGCGGCGGAGCCGUCGUGGAAGCGGUCGAUGAGGCUGAAGAGGAGCUCGAGGAGACUCCGCAAGAGACAUCGCGCCCCUCCCCCCAAACCGAGCGGCGCUUCCGCGUUUUCCGGGAGCUGUGGGGGAGGGGCCUGCACCUGACCCAGGGCGGGAAAUUCGGGGGCGACUUCCUGGUGUACCCCGGUCCUCCCUCUCAGUUCCACGCGUGCGCAGUCGCGCUCUGCCCCUGCACUUCCGGCCCGCAGCCGCUGGGGGCGCUGCUCGCGGCCGCGCGCCUCGGGACGAGCGUGCGCAAAUCGCUGCUGCUGUGCGCGGCGCCGCCAGGGGGCGCCGUGGCCUGCACCGCCGUCACGUGGCGCGGCGACCUCGCGUGACGUCGCUUCCGCCUCACGUUACUUCCGGGUCUACUGAGAUCCGGCGCCGCGCUCGCGUGACGUCACUUCCGCCUCAUCAUUCCUCACCGUUUAUUCCGCCAUGACGUGGCGCGGCGCCCUGACGUGACAUCACUUUCGCCUCACAUCGAUUCCGGGCCCGUGCUGCGCUCCCGCGGCGCGUCGUCGCUCGCUCGACGUCGCCUCUACCUCGCGUUACGUCGUGGUCCACAGCAAUAGUGACCUCGCGUGACGUCACUUCUGCCUCACGUCGUAACUCACACCGUGAUCUUGUGUGACGUCACUUCCGCCUCACGUCGUAACUCACACCGUGAUCUUGUGUGACUUCACUUCCGCCUCACGCUGUUCGGCCGUCACGUGGCGCGGCGACCUCGCGGGACGCUACUGCCGGGUGUGCACCGUGCUCAAGUGGCGCGGCGAGCCGGCGUGACGUCACUUCCCCUUCACGUUACGUCGCCGUUUAUUUCGUCACGUGGCGCGGUGACCUCACGCGACAUCAAUUCCGGGAAGCGUGCUGCGCCCCGAGCUCGCGUGACGUCACUUCCGGCGCACGCUACGUCGUGCUCCACAGCAGUAGUGACUUCCCGUGACGUCACUUCCGCCUCGCGUUAUGUCGUAGUCUGUUCCGCCGUCACCCGGUGCGGUGACGUCACUUCCUCGUCACGUGACUCCGCAGGCGAGGCCGCUCAUCGCGGUUUCGUUUUCGAAACGCGAAAGUUUCGUCGGGCUUUUUAAAUUCUUAUUUUAACGAUAAUAAAAAUCGGGGUUUUUUUUAAUAAUCGUUCGGUUUAGUCUCGGCCCGGGGUGUCAGCGCUGUGUGGUGGGGGAGGGGAGGAGGCUGAACUGGGGGUGGCGACCCCAGAAUUUGGGCGGAGGGACCCCUUGAAUGUGGGGACGGAGACCUCUAAAUCUGGGGGGCGGAGAGCUCCGGACAUGGCGAGGAGACCCCCGGAUUUGGGGAAGGGACGCCCUCAAUUUUGGGGCAGAGACCCCCCAGAAUUCUGGGGGGAGGGACCCCUGCAAUCCCAGUUUUGGGGUUGAUCUGACCCCGGCCCUGUUCCGGGGGGGUGGGGGGGGGGGGGGUCCAUCCCCAAUUCCCACCCCCAUUUUGGGGGUUUUCCAUCUUCAUUCCCAGAGGGACCCCAGCCCCAUUUCCAGGGGGAUUCUUGGCCCAUUCUGAGGUCCCAUCCCAUAUCCAGCUGCUUUUGCCCCAUAUCCAGGCGUUUUCACCCCAAAUCCAGCUGUUCCCCCAUUCCAGCUGUUUUCCCCCCAAAUCCAGCCAUUUCCCCCCAAAUCCAGCUGUUUUCCCCCCAAAUCCAGCCGUUUUCACCCCAAAUCCAGCUGUUUUCCCCCCAAAUCCAGCUGUUUUCACCCCAAAUCCAGCCAUUUUCACCCCAA